CACUUUUGUUAAAGCUGAACUGUCCCUUUAAGGAGACAGAAACAUAACUCUUCUUAAAGUCGUCUUCAUCGUUGACUUUAAACACAGUUUCACACUCAAGUGAAUUCUUCUCACAUGAAACCUCUUUUUUUUUGUCUCUCACUCGGUAGAAAAACCACAGCAGCUUCAGUGGAGACGCCUGAUUAGCAGCUGCAGGGGCUGAUGGGAGAUUUGACGACGUGUGUUUGUGAAGAAGAAGAAGAAGAAGAAGAAGAAGAAGAAGAAGAAGAAGAAGAAGAAGAAGAAGAAGAUGGUUCUGCUCCGAGCUGCUGCUCUGUGCUGUCUGUGUUCAGCGCUGGUUGCCAUGGCAGCAGAGCUGAUCCAGGAGCAGCUGUCAUUGACCAGGAGAGUUGGUGAAACUGCUUCUUUCAGCUGUGGAGGACUUGACCUGUGUGGCGAUUAUGUCGUCUGGUUCCAGAAGAAAGAGACAGAAACUUUCACUUUGAUUCUGGUUUUUGAUAGAGACGAUGGUAAAGAUGUUUACAAUUCUCCUCAGUUUAAAGACUUCAAAGCUGAGCUCAAGAACAACAACAAGAAGAUCUGUGAACUGAAGAUAAACAAAGUUCAAUCCUCUCACUCAGCCUCAUAUUACUGCGCCUGUUAUUAUGAUGUGUGGAUCGGGAUCUUUGGCUCUGGAACUAAACUUUAUGUAACAGAUGACCCGGUGGUGGCGCCAGUGUUGACCGUGUACCCAGCAGUGUCCCUGGAGGGGCGGAGCUCCCUGGAGGGGCGGAGCUCCCUGCUGUGCGUGGCCUCGGCCAUGUCUCCUCCUCCGGUCCAGUUCUUCUGGAAGAGACGGAGGAAGGAGGGCGGUCGUCAGGAGGAGCUGCCCCCUGCUGAGGAGGGAGAGCAACUGCAGCUCAGAGAGUGGGGACACAUCGCCACCAUCAGGCUGGUCCGUCAUGACGCUCUGUACGCGUAUAAAUAUCGCUGCUACGUCAGACACGAGGGAGGAACAGUGGCGGCUCAGGUAGAACAAGAAGUUUCUGCUCUUCCUCCACCGUCUUCUCCUCCACCGUCUCAGUUCCAGGUCCGGUUGCUGGUUCUGUUCUACUCACUGCUCAUAGUGAAGAGUCUGGUUUUCAGCUCUGGACUCUUUGGGAUCACAGUCCUCACAAACCAGAGAAGGUCCAAACAUGGCUGAUUGAUCUUCUCUUCUCACCAUCAUGAUGUCACACACACACACACACACGCACACACGCACACACACACACACACUCACUCUCCCUGCACCAAACCCCAUAGAGAAAAUCAGUGAUUUUAGCUGGUGGGGACACAGGAGCUGCUGGUCCUCUGCUGCCUCAUGUGGUCACUUUGUGUCACUGCGUUAAGUCUAAAUGAAAUAUUUCAAACACUGAAGUGACAAAAUAAGACAUUUGAACUUAGUGAUGGAGGCAGCAGUGGAUCAACAACUCCUGUGUGCUGUGAUGUUAAAAUCACUGAUUUUCUCUAUGGACCUUGGUGUGGGAGAGUGAGUGAGUUUACAGACGUCCACAUACACUGACCCCUAGAGGACAUUUGGACUCGUGGUUCUGUUCUUACUCACAUUUUUUAUUUACUGGCAUCAGAACCAACUUUAAAUCAACAAACUCAUUUUAUUUCCAUCAAAAGACAAAAAAAAACAAAUAAAUGUAACAAAGUUUCAGAAAAAAAGUGUUUGUGUCAUUGUUUCCUGUCAUUAUUAUUAUUACAGUUAUAGUUGCUGUAUAUUUUCAGUUUUUUGUUUGUUACAGAGUUUGUGUAUAAAACAUUUUCACUGUGUCUUAUUUCUGUUUAUGAACAUGAGCGCACAUUAAACCUCUUGUUGUGGUGUAG